CCGAGGCCGAGAGCUUCUGUCCGGAACGGAGCCAUCCCGAGGUGGGAGAUGGAUAUAAGCCCAUCGUCCGGGAAUAAUGCUAUCAGUGACUUCGCGCUCGACGGUCUCGCAUAUACGGUAAACGUGGUUUGAGAGGAAACAUUGUGGAAGCAUCAUGCUCAAGACGAUCGCUUUCCUCUGUGCCGCGCUGGCGUGCAGCCACGCGGUGGUUCUCAGCGGUUACAAUGGCGGCCAUGGCCUGUCGAGUCUGUCCUACGGUGAUUACAGCGAUCUCGACGGAUACAUUGGAUCCGCCGGAUACAAAGUUCUGCCGACGGUCGCGGUUCCGAUACACGCGGUAUCCGCUGCACCGCUGCACGUGGACGCAUCUCUGGAUGCAUCUCUGAGUGCUCACGAACUACACGGCUACAAGCAUCACACUGAUCAAGAUCACGAUUAUUACUCGCAUCCCAAAUAUACCUUCAAUUACGGCGUUCACGAUCCUCAUACCGGUGACGUGAAGACUCAACACGAGGUGCGGGACGGCGACGUAGUCCACGGUUCGUACAGCGUGAACGAGCCCGACGGAAGUGUACGCAUUGUCGAAUACACAGCGGACGAUCACAACGGAUUCAACGCUGUCGUGAAGAAAGUCGGACCAGCGAUCCACCCGAAACCGGUGCCGAUUGUCAAGUACGUCUCACCGGCGCACUUUAACAGCUACGACUACGAGAAGCAUUAUUAGCUCGCAGUCGUUGUAUUGUAAAUUGUAGUGUAAAUAGCUGUGAAUCGGACAUUUUGCUAAGAAGCAUCCAGUCGGUAUAAUCAGUCUGUUAGCGAAUGUGACAGUAAAAUAUAUUUUCAUUUCUUUUUGAAUUUUGUUCGAAUCUCUCCAGGUGAAUUCAAUUGAUUAUUAGCCGUCAGCAAUAAACAAACUGAGUUCACUUUUACGUACAAAGAGUUUUCAUGUAAAACAAUUAGAUUCUA